AUGAAGUUGUAUUUUACGACACUCCAAAGACCACGAGAAGGCAGCAUUAGUUCCACCCGGUGGCGCUGUGAUAUUGAGAGGUCAUACAUUUUCCAAAAACACAGAAAUCAGAGCAGGAUGUCUGGAGAGCUGCCCCUCAGCAUAAAUAUCAAGGAGCCAAGAUGGGACCAAGGCACGUUCAUGGGACGCGCCCAGCACUUCUUCAUGGUCACAGAUCCCAGGAAUGUCCUGCUGUCGUCGGAGACUCUAGAGGAGGCCAGAGUAACCGUAGAGAACUACAGAGCUGGGGUUGUGAAACCAGGCCUGACGGAGGAUGAGCUCUGGAGGGCGAAGUACGUCUACGACUCUGCCUUCCACCCCGACACCGGGGAGAAGAUGUUUGUGAUUGGUCGGAUGUCUGCUCAGGUGCCAAUGAACAUGUCCAUCACAGGCUGCAUGCUCACCUUCUACAGGACUACUCCGGCAGUCGUGUUCUGGCAGUGGGUUAACCAGUCCUUCAACGCUGUGGUCAACUACACCAACCGCAGCGGAGACGCCCCCAUGACCGUGAACCAGCUGGGUGCAGCCUACGUUAGUGCUACUACUGGAGCCGUAGUCACCGCGCUGGGACUCAAGUCUCUAGCUUCGCGUCUCCCUCCCAUCGUCAGCCGGUUUGUCCCCUUCGCUGCUGUGGCUGCUGCCAACUGUAUCAACAUUCCCUUCAUGAGGCAGAGGGAGCUCAAGUACGGCAUCCCUGUGACGGAUGAGAAUGGAAACAGGUUAGGAGAGUCUGUCAGUGCUGCCAAACAGGCCAUCGUGCAGGUGGUGGUGUCCAGGAUCGGCAUGGCCGUGCCUGCAAUGGCCAUCCCCCCUGUUAUAAUGAACGCUCUGGAGAAAAGAGCUUUUAUGAAGCGGUUCCCGAUUCUAAACGCUCCGGUCCAGGUGGGACUCGUCGGCCUGUGCCUGGUGUUUGCCACUCCCCUGUGCUGUGCCCUGUUCCCUCAGAAAAGCUCAAUGAGUGUGAGCGGGCUGGAGGCGGAUCUGCAGGAGAGGAUACGACAGAGCAGUCCUCACACCACCACCGUUUACUUCAACAAGGGCCUGUAGGAGCGGCCGACACGUCUCCAUGGCUGCGCACAAAACACUCGCACAGACACACACAUACAUAUAAACACACAGGUUUGUUAUCCUGUGGGCACAAGUGGGAAGGUAAAAGUGGAAUAUAUUUAUGCAUUUAUUAUUAUUUUAUUUUUUUUUCGGGGGGGGGGGGGGGGCACUGCUGUGAUAGUUAUCUGGAAUUUGACUGGACGAAGCUGGAGAUUAUUUGAAAAGAGGAUUCACUUUGAAGGAAGAUAACUGGCAGGUCUCUCUCUCUACAUAGAUGACACAACUUAGCGAAGGAAAACUGACUACUACUAGUUUUAUGAUUAUUAUUGUGUUGUGGUGUAUUUUAUGUCUUCCACCGGUCGACGCUGCGUCUUCAAACAGUUCAGGAAAGUUACUGAUUUGUGUUCGACCUUACAUUUCUUGUUGCAUUCACAUCCCGACAAAGUAUUUGCUGUUCCAGUUCAAAACGAGCGCUUGUAAAUGGGCGUGAAUUCUUCUGAAUGUUAUUUAAUCUGUUUUGUUUUUUUUUGCUCUUUCUCUCCCGCUUAGUCAGCUCAGUCACAUUAAAACUAUUGCCACCACUUAACAUUCAUCUACCAUGCAGUUACACCAAAAAAAAAAAAAAAAAGGAUGUUAAGUAGCUCUAAAUAGCAUAACUUGUGAUGAAUAAGUUCCCGUUUUGUUGUACUCUUCUCAUGCGGUGCAGCUUCUUACUCUCUUCGACUCUCCUUUAAGUGCCCCUUCGUAUUCUUAGACCAGCUAAAAAGGUGCUAGGGACAAUAGGAGGAAUACGUGUGUUUAAACUAUACUGAAAAAGCACAUUGUUAAUAAGUGAGUGAGUGAACACUAAUCGGCACAAAUGUAGUGUGGCAUCUUGCUUUUAAUCGACUGUUCAGUGGUUUUAGGUGGUCGUUUGGUGGCUGCGUCUGGUGGAGAGGGACAUGUUGUGUGUUGCUAAGAGGAGGGAGGCGAGGAAAACAAACGCUGUUAUCUGAUGUUAAAUUCUGAUCUGAGUGAACUGCUGGAUGGUCAAAACAAAGUGGGAUUGUCUGCUUUCUGUUCCUUAGAGUUGGAGAUACAGGGUGUUCAGUUGCAAAAAAAAAAAAAAGUGCUCGAGCCUUUGAUUUUACAUGUCGUGCAACAAAGUCCAAAUACUAUAGGUGUACAGUUCAGGUGUGUGUAGAUCAUGGUCGUUGCUGCUUUGUUAAGAUGGAUAGUGUGAGCACCGCUGAUCAAAUAAAUUCACAUUGUCGACCGCGCUCUCUAAACUGUCCAGUGUGGUUGGACAGUGAGGAAGUAUCGGUUACAUUUAUCUCAUGUCAUCUGUCAGAAUCAUGUAAAAGCAAGUAUAUUUUUCUUGCAUAUAUUUAUAUAUAUAUAUAUAUAUUAUAUGGAGCACAUAUGCAUGAGGGAUUUUAAAUAUUUUAGUUUGUGCCUCGGUGUGUGUGAUUCCACCAGAUGGCCCCAUAUAUGCACAGGAAAAGCCGCCCGUGUUGCGGGAGUGUGAUUUAUUGCAAAAGAGUAAGUGCUCCUCUUGCCUCAGGGCUAAUAAGUUCCCCAGAAUAAAGGCGUGCUCCUUUAGUCAGACCUAUCUCCACGCAGAGGGCAGAUUCACCGACAAAGACUCAGUGUUUGUGUGAAGUGAUGUUUUGUGUUCGCUGGUUAAUACUCCACAGUAAGAUUGUAUAGGCGACAGUGAUACGUGCGUUAAUGCAUUUUAAGUGAACCGACCGUGGGAUCUAAGGGAGCGUGGCGCGUUUUCAUGAAUGAGUCUGCACAGACAGAAGUACACGAUGACUGUGCGUGGUCCUAAAUUCUGUUGGUUUCAUUCAAGAGGACGUUUGGAAAAUAUCACCACCUGAAGUACAUAAGAAUGUGGAUUUCUUUACCUUCGCCUGCUCCUUCACUCCGUCUUAUUAUAAAGAGAUUUAACCCCUGUACGUCUCAGUCACGUUAUCAGAUCCCGACGUGUGAUCUCAUUCACUGCAGGACAGUGUCUCUGCCGUGUACCAGUGUAUGAAGUGCUUGCAGUGGUCAGUGAAGAGAUUAUUUGUGCUGAUGAUACUUAUUGUGUUUGGAGUGUUUUCCUUUGUGAGGGUGAAACUGCACUAUUUAACCUUUGCCGUGCUGCUGUAGGAGCUAGUUUGAUUUGUGUUGCUUUAAGUGUGUCUUGUUUGCGAUUCUUUUAGCAAUUCAUUCACGUAUCUGCAGCUGUCAUCAUUCAUAACCAAGCCGCUUCUUUUAUUUUUUUAAAAAAAUAUUUUUUUUCUACUCUUGGGGUUGUGGCUCUGAAACGUCUCGAACAAAACUCGCAGCCUGUGACUGUGCUGUACCACCGCAACGCGUCGCACACACAGAUCCUAGCCAAAGAUGAGACGGGAGACAAGAGAUGUUAAAGAUUGAAGAGAACAUGAAAGAGCCUUUUUGUUUUUGCUGCAGCUUUAGCGCGUGGACCUUUUCUUUGCGAGACUUAAGUCGUGCAAAAACAUGUUAGUUUUUUUUUUUUUUUUUUAAGUGGUCCUCGACCUUCUCCGUUAAACACUCUCCUUUACACCAAAAUUUUACAUUUAUCGUAACGCACAUUUCGUCUAAAUGCCAUGAAUUGUACUGACGUUCUUCUAAUGCAUACAAAUCUGUGUUACUGUUACACUCCAUGAAUGUUUUGGUUAUUUCAUGUACAUACAACUUACAUACAUGUAGACCUGUCAGUAUUGGUGUUUUCUCCCUCUGUUUUGAAAUAUAUUUCCUCGAUGUGAAAUGUAUUAUACACAGAGCAAUAGAAUAAAAUGUCUGUUUCCUGUC